AUGGAAGGGGGCCUAGACCAGACCGUGGAGCGCUGUGCUUCCAUGCUCCUCUUAGAGGAUCUAAACCAGAUCAAGGCUGGGAGGAAGCUGCUGGAAGCGGUGCGUCAUUCUCCGGAUCUAAGCAACGACGACUUUUCCAGAGUGGCCCAAGAAGUCGCGGCAUUCCAAGGGGGUGCAGUCAUGAGCAGAUUCCUCAGCUUUGUGACGCCAGCUAGCGUGAGCCGCUUGUAUCUGCCAGGGGCGGACUCACAGCUGGAAGGACUCAAACGCUUCCUCCAUGCUACUCCGGCGCUUUGUCAUCUCACAGGGAGCAAGAUUGUGGUGGAUCGUUUCUUGCGGGAUGACACUGGAACGAUCCAAAAAGUCAGAGCUGAAAACGUCCACAUUCAGCUGAUGAAUCAGGUAACUCAAGUAGUUGACGUAUCUGAAAGAAUGAAGAGCUCCAUGUUUAACCCUCUCGAGAUCAUGACGUUCCUUGCUUCGCUGGAGUGCCUGUCGAACUUUGCGCGGGCGUCAAAGACGUUCCGGGACGUUAUGAAGGAGCCAACGGAACAGCGGAAGACCUUCGAGCAGUUCAGCGACCUGCGUUCCUCAAAGAACCUUGCCAAGAUGACAGCUGGAUCUUCGCUUAGGCUUCGGCUUGGCCUAGCGUGUUUGGCAGCAUCUUUUGCAUUCGCGGAGGACAGCCAGCUGUGGGCUAUUGACAGCGGCCUUCUCAAGUUGCUGGCAGCCAUCUAUGAAGCGUCACCACUGCGCGAGCUCUGCAAAAGGAAUCAACGGGGUGGCUCCCCUGUAUACCGCUGCAACAAAAUCCUGUACCGCUUGCUCACCUUGGAAGCCACGACGGAGAAGGCGCGUGCGCACAACGCGCUCGAGGGCUUCCGGCCCCACAGGCGGAAGAUGAACGCCGCGGAACCGGAACUUGCCCUGUGGAGGGAUUACUUCGGGCCGCGAUUGCAGGGCACGAGGGUGGUUGAAAAAGAAGAGCUGUCAGAGCUGCAAUCCGCUGAGAACUGGAAGCAUGCCGAAGAGGUUUACAGCGCGAUGUUCCAAACCCCGGUGGUCUGCUCGUGGAAGCUGUGCGCGGCCGGCCGCGAGCCCGUCUUGGGGAAGGGGUUCAGCAUGUGUGCACGUUGCCACGUCGCGCGUUACUGCAGCAAGGAGCAUCAGAAGUCGCACUGGCCCAGCCACAAGGUCCACUGCAGAAAGAUGCCAUAA